AUGGAUCACUCCGACCACAGCUCGGGGAGCGAUUCCACCUCCUCGACUGGCCAUAUGAUGAUGACCUUCCAGACAGACAGCAGCACGCCCCUCUACUCGGACCUGUGGACGCCAAAGAGCGCCGGCGCCUACGCCGGCGCAUGCAUCUUCCUCGUCGUGCUCGCCAUAAUUGCCCGCCUCUUGGUGGCCUUCAAGUCGCGGCAGGAGAGUCGGUGGGCGAGCCAGGCCGCUGAGCGUCGUUAUAUCGCCGUCAACGGGAAAGAGCCCUUGGCUGAGCGAAUCACCCGGGACCGCGACGCCAAGCAGGUGGUCAUCUCCGAGAAUGGUGUAGAGGAGAAUGUAUUUGUCGUUGAGAAGAAGACGCGCGAGACGAGGCCGUGGCGGUUCAGCGUUGAUCCUGUUCGUGCGGCCUUGGAUACGGUUAUCGUUGGUGUUGGAUAUCUUCUCAUGUUGGCGGUAAUGACGAUGAAUGUUGGAUAUUUCUUGUCCGUCCUGGCCGGUGUUUUCAUUGGAAGUCUAGCAGUCGGGCGGUACUCGUCUAUCCCAGAGCAUUAG